AUGAAGAAGACUAUGAAAAAGACUUCUACCUUCUUUAGGAAGCUAGGCAACAAGCAUGAAAAUCUCCAAAGAACAUUAAAUGAUUUUGCACCUGUGUAUGCAUGUUUGCAAUUAGAUCAAUUAGAUCUAGACUUUACUGAUAGCAGUAACAACAAAGAAAAGAGACGAUCAAACAUGUAUAAAAUGAAGCUUAAUGCUAACAAAAGCAUGCCCGACUACAUAGGUCGACUUGAAUAUUUCAAUCUGGAUGGGGUUAGUGAUAUGAAAAGAGAAACUUUCGAUAAACAAAUCGUAGAAAAAAGGAGUACAAUGUUUGAGUCUAGUCUUGGAGAAAGUAAAAAACAUAAUGUGCGAAAAGUGACUAAAGGCCGACGAACAGACUCUGAAGAAAAUAUCCCAGUAGCAAAACUCGAAGACGUUCCUUUAGGGCUACAAUUAAACCCUGCAUCACCGGGUCCAUUCUCUUCGUCCGAUGACGACAAACCCACAUCGUUUCUAUCGACUACAAAUCCGGUUUUCCCGUCAUUCACUUCACCUACCCCAUCUCGCCCAACAAGUAUUGGCACAUCCGACAACAAAUCACAAAAUUCACUAUUUUCACCCGGUUCGCUUAUGGCGGAGGCAGAGGAAAAGGGAAUGUCGACAACUGCACAAGUAUUAGCCGAGAGGAGAAAUGUAUUGACAACACAGAGAAGCAAGAACGAGCCGCAGGAAGAAACAGAAAUGACAUUUUCCGUAGGGUCGUUAAUGGCGGCGGCUGAGGAGAAGGGUUUAUUCAACAAAUCAUCCCGGUCCGAUAUAGAGUCCGCAAGUGAUUCCGUAAAUCUAAGAUCUCCAAAACGUCCGGAUAAGAGAUUACCUGAACUUCCCAGGACUACCUCUCCGCCCUCUUCUCCUCCGCUAACGUUCGUAUCUACAACGUCAACUGACCGCGGGCGCCAAUCAUCGAGUAUAGCCAGUUCUUGCUACGAAACAGCCAGCGGUUCUACUGCAACUCUUCAUACGGCUCCACCAUCGCCGACAACUGAAAUUGAUGGGACUAUAGUUGGGAGUCCAACGAUCGAGUUAACUAUAUCGGCUCUGACUGAAAAGUUUGACUUGAAUGAUGAGUCUACGCCCAAGAUACAUGUGGAUGAGGCCAUGUUGGCAAGUCCGGUAGAGAGCAUCGAUACGGUACCAGGCGUACCAGAGGAGAGGGAUGAGGAAGAGUUUAGGUGGGCUCAGGCAAGGAAUGCAGCCAAGCGGUGUUUUGACGAUAACGAAACGUCUAUGAAGAAAGAAAAAGUUACAGAAUUUUUAGGCGGAACUAAGGACAUUAGUCGUCGUGCAUUGAAGUGUUAUAUGGAAUACUUUGACUUUACUGGUUUAAGACUAGAUAAUGCAUUUCGACGAUUGUGUGCUAACUUGUAUAUAAAAGGAGAAACACAACAAGUAGAUAGAGUAUUAGAAGCUUUCUCACAAAGAUAUUGGGAAUGUAAUCCAAAGACUGUAUAUGGGAGUGGAGACACGGUCCAUGCAAUAGCAUAUUCAAUUCUCUUACUAAAUACAGAUCUUCACAUUGCUGAAGUACCCAAAAAAAUGUCUCAAAAACAAUUCAUACGCAACACGAUGGCCACAGUACAUGCACAAGCUACGAUUGCUUUAUCCCAACCAAGUUCGCCCGAUUACGAAGACGAUCAAUCGACCAUAGCCUCGAUAGAAACAACCACUACCGGCACAUCGGCAACUGCCCGACCACGCCGCAGCGCAUCAAUACGAAGCUGGAUGAGUAACCCUAAUGCCAGUUUCACGAGUCUCGUACAUUUUGGAUCUUCCACAUCGCCAGGUUAUUCGCGGCAAUGGGAUACAGAAAUGGAAUCUUUAUUAAAAGAAAUGUAUUCGGCGAUAAAGUCGAAUAUGAUACAACAGCCACGUCUAUCAACCGAUUCGGAAACGCCACAAGAUACUACAAGAUUGACUCCGUCAUUAAAUAGAAGUAUGAGCCAUUUAGGACAUCCAAACACAAGAAUAAACGUAUUAAGGAAAGGAUUGAGUGCGGCGAGUUUAAAGUCGCGUAUAAACGGAAGAAAUUCGUCGUCGAGUUCUGGAAAUGGAAGUGAAUAUGAUCAGAAUAACAUGUCCCGCCGCUCAAGCUAUCAAACCCUCCAGGCGGCUUUAUCUGGUUCGAACAACCAUCACCACAGUACAUCGACAGAAAAUGGCGAAACCAAUUCAGACCAAAACUUGACCGGCAUGGAAGAUGACUCGGUCUCUGUGGCGGAUUCCACGUCAACGUCCGAAUCGCUCGAACUCUACCUCUCGGGUGCUCCGUUUGCAAAGGAAGGGUUGUUGGUAAAGAAGCAUUACUGGGAGGCAGCGAAUAAGAGAGCAAAGGAUAAUAAGUGGAGAGAGACGUUUGUGGCGGUGGAAAAAGGCGAAUUGAGAAUGUAUAAACUUGAGUCUUUCGGAACAAGUAAUGGGGAAAAAGGCAGAAAUAAAAUUGUCGGUGGUGGAAAUUGGAUGGAUAACGCCACUCUUUUAGGAGAGUUAAGUCUUCGCCACACAAUCUCCAGCGCACUGCCUCCACCCGGUUACAAUCGCACUCGUCCAUACGUCUUGGCACUCUCACUUUCGCAAGGCGGUCUAUAUUUCUUCCAAUGUGGCACUGCAGAGCUAGUUGACGAAUGGGUAGCAACGUGUAACUAUUGGGCGGCGCGGUCGUCGAAAGAACCUUUGACUGGUGGUGUUAGUAAUAUGGAAUAUGGCUGGGGAAGAUGCAUAGAGCCGUAUUUGGAUGGCAGUAUGAUUGAUACGGAGGAUCGGAGGAGCAUAAUGAGUGAUUCGAGAAGUGAUGUGCGGAGUGUGCUUUCUGGAGGGUCUGGAUUUUCGAGCGAUAAGAUUCUUAUCAGCGAAUGGAAAGCUCCGAUGCCACCGUUAGUUUCUAGUACGCUUGAUGAGGAAUCUCAAUUAGCAGCUCUAAAGAAACACAUGAUAGAUCUCGAGAGCGAAUUGGAAGAACACAAACAUUAUCGUGAACCAAUGCUCAAAAUGUUCCCGUCUCGAUCGACAAACAAUGCGAAAGUCACUUCAAACUGGGAGAGGAAAUCACAAUGGCUACUACACGAAAUAGUAAAAUAUUCUACAUACGUCGAAUGUCUUGAGAAUUCAAUGUCUAUCAGACAAGAGAUGAGGAGAAUAAAAGAAGCAGAGCGCGAUAAGGGCUAG